CCGAACAGGCGCUCGGCAUACUUGUUGAUCUUCGGGCGAAAUGCGGAGCAGGAAUCCGGCGGCUAGGCAGUGUAGACCGUGCUGAACAUCUCUCUGCCAUGUCGGAGGCAGAGGAGGGGGACAUGGAUUGGGUUAGACCCUGGCAAUAGUAAACCAAUAACAGCGCCUCCUUUUCUUUUCUUCUUCUUCUUUUUUUUUUUUAAAUGCUACUGAUUCAUCUGCGUUUGUGGCAGCGGAUUGAUUGUUCACAGAGCGGUGCGUGCUGGUUUGAUUCAGUGCAGGAUGACAACAACUCACUACGAUACAACAAUGAAUGAAAAGAAGAUCAACUGUAGUCCAUAACCCUGGCUGUGUACAUGCUUCCUCAACCGAAAGUCAUCAUGGAGAAGUCGUUGGCAGAGUUAAAUAAAGCUGGCUCCAGGUCAACAUCGUCACUGCCACCUGAACCGGUGGACAUCAUUCGCAGCAAGUCGUGUUUCCGCAGAGUCAGGCUGAAUGUUGGGGGUCUCCCACAUGAAGUCUUGUGGCGAACGUUAGACAGGCUCCCACGAACGCGCUUGGGAAAGUUAAGAGAUUGCAACUCCCACGACUCCCUGAUGGAAGUGUGCGACGACUACAACCUGGAGGAGAACGAGUACUUUUUUGACCGACAUCCGGGGGCGUUCACGUCAAUUCUGAACUUCUACCGCACGGGCAAGCUGCACAUGAUGGAGGAGAUGUGCGCCCUGUCGUUUAGUCAAGAGCUCGACUACUGGGGCAUCGACGAGAUCUACUUGGAGUCGUGUUGCCAGGCCAGGUACCACCAGAAAAAGGAGCAGAUGAACGAGGAGCUCAAAAGAGAGGCCGACAAUUUAAAAGACAGGGAGGGAGAAGAAUUUGACAACACUUGCUGUGCCGAGAAACGAAAGAAGCUCUGGGAUCUCCUGGAAAAGCCCAGCUCAUCUGUUGCAGCAAAGAUCUUGGCCAUUAUCUCCAUACUCUUCAUCGUGCUGUCCACCAUUGCAUUGUCUCUGAACACCCUUCCAGACCUGCAGGAUACAGAUGAGUUUGGACAGUCAACAGACAACCCACAGCUGGCCCACGUGGAAGCUGUGUGUAUUGCCUGGUUUACCAUGGAAUACCUGCUCCGUUUCCUCUCCUCCCCCAAUAAGUGGAAGUUCUUUAAGGGCCCUCUCAACGUCAUUGACUUGUUGGCCAUCUUGCCAUAUUAUGUCACCAUCUUUUUGACAGAAUCUAACAAGAGUGUGCUGCAAUUUCAGAACGUCCGACGUGUAGUUCAGAUUUUUCGAAUCAUGCGCAUCCUGCGUAUUCUGAAGUUGGCCCGCCACUCCACCGGUCUUCAGUCUCUGGGCUUCACCCUUAGGAGAAGUUACAAUGAGCUGGGCCUUCUCAUUCUUUUCCUGGCCAUGGGUAUCAUGAUAUUCUCCAGUCUGGUAUUUUUUGCCGAAAAGGAUGAGGAGGAUACAAAGUUUAAAAGCAUUCCAGCAUCUUUCUGGUGGGCUACUAUUACUAUGACCACUGUAGGCUACGGCGAUAUCUACCCUAAAACUCUCUUGGGAAAAAUUGUGGGCGGGUUAUGCUGCAUAGCUGGAGUGCUUGUGAUUGCCCUACCUAUUCCCAUUAUUGUAAAUAACUUUUCCGAAUUCUACAAGGAGCAAAAGAGGCAAGAGAAAGCACUUAAGCGGAGGGAGGCCCUUGAGAGGGCAAAGAGAAACGGUAGCAUUGUGUCAAUGAACUUGAAAGAGGCGUUUGCUCGUAGCGCAGAACUGAUGGAUGUGGUUGUGGAGAAGAGCGAGAGGCCUCACGACAACCACAUCUCUCCGAAUCGAUGGAAAUGGACUCCAAAGAGAGCUCCAUCAGAGACAAGCUCGAAUCAUUCUUUCAACGGCCAGGAGUUAGGCUCUCCCAGCAAGACCAGAGGCACCAGCCCACAGAGGUUAAAUGUUCAAAAACUAGAGGAGAUGUACAACCAGAUGGCCAAAACACAGUCACAACCCAACCUUAAUGCUAAAGACAGGAGCUCCAGAGUCAGCAAACAGAGGGAUGAGAUAGAGCUGGGGGCCAUCCAAGACCAUGGAGCACCAGUACUAGGAACCAGAGAAGGUGUGGGGGACAUGAAAAGCUUGUCCAGCAUCGACAGCUACAUCAGUUGUGCAACAGACUUCCAGGAGAAUACACGCUUCCCCCAUUGUCCAGGAAUGGACCUUGGUGUUCAGGAAAGCAACCGCUUCUCACACAGUCCAGCUACAGCUUUGAACCUGCACGCCAGUUCAAAAACAGGCCAUCACACCACAGGAGAGCGUGAGCCCAUGCUGACUCCUGUGUCCGUUGCAAAGUCCUCAUGCUCAGAGAAUGCAAAGAAAUACUUCUUUUCUGGGAACUCCUCAAAAAGCCUUUUUCACAAAGGGGGCUGUGGCAGUGAAGGGGAGUCCGGACCAUCCCCACUUUCAGACACCUCGGUUGUGUCAGACCGCUCUCUGUUAAGCCCUGAAGUUUCUGUCUACACCACUGCCAGCAGCAGGACACCACCGAAGUCUCCAGAAAGUGCCACCCAGGCCCCAACUGUCUUUACUUUCCAUGACUCCUCCAUCAGCAAAUACAUUGACGCCGACACAGAUGAUGAUGAGCACCUCCGUGACAUCUCGGACACCAGUCCUUCAGAGCGUCUGCUGGCGGGUGCCAGCCCAAAACGCAGCAUUAAUAUAAAUUACCAGAGGAGCACUAACCAUUUAGAAGCAGCCCAGAAAAAGUUGGGCCAGAACUGUCUGUUCCCCCUUGAAGGAAUUCGUGGGAUAGCUCACGAGAAUCACAUAGGACCUGAGAUGGCACGUAGACCAAAGGUUGAGAGGGGUCGGCAAAAUACGUUGGAUAAAAACCUUUGAGGCACAAGUGAAAAACAAACAAACAGGAAGCUGGGGAGAGAGUGUUUGUGAUAGAGACACCAGAGAAGCUAAAACACUCUAUAAGCCAGAGACAAAAGAAGAGGGAGAGACAAGGAGUCUCACCGAGCAUUUCAAAUAUUACCUUAGUAUGCCAUUAGGUAAUAAGCUCUGGGUGAACAUGUGUGGAAAAUACUCUUUGAGAAAACUGUUUCUAAAUUGGAGAAUGUCACUGCCCCUCCUUCAGCUCAUUCCAAUUAGAGGUAUUCCGCACCUGCGAAAGAAAAGAGCACUCCCAAGUAGCAACGAGUCUGUUCAGAGAAACAAAGUUAACAGAGAAAUUGAGCUGUGCUGUAACCCAACUGAAUGACGGUUUGGCUGCAGGGUGGUUGUCACUUAAUUCCCCAAAGGAAAAAUGAAAUCCCAGCAGCCUACUUUCCCCAUUACUGAGUCCCAGUCCAUUUUGUAGUCGUGGAGAUACAGGAAAGGACCUAGAAGCCUAUAAGCUACUUACUUGUGCCCACCAUUCCCAAACCCGGCCUUAGUCAUUUACAUAUGUAGGGGUGUGGACAUCUGUAUGUGUGAGAGAGAGUGCGCGAACAUUAAUGAGUGAUCUCAAGGCAUAACUCAUGUAAACACACUCCUGAGAUUGUCUAACCUAAUUUAUUUUUAUAUAGAUAAGAGGAAGUUCCUUAUAGAAACAAGUGAUUUGCUUGUCCGCUGUGUCAUAGUCAUAUGUGAAGAGUAAUCCUGUAUGAAGUUCAAUGUCUUGGCACAGAGGCUCCAGCUCAUCGUCCAUUACUAUGACCACUCUUUCAGUAUUUUGCUAUCCUUAAUUGAUUUUUCAUGAUAAGAAUGGAUGAUACUUUCACAUCUCUGCCGGUGCAUAGUGUCUUAGCACCUCUGUAUAAUCUUUAAAUGAUGAUAAUGGCAGAUUGAGGGUUUUCCUGAAGUGGAAAAUAGCUAUUUCAAUUGCUGCUUAAAGUGCAUAUUUAUGAAGCAUGCAUGCACCCACAAAUCAACAUACAAAACCAUGAUGAGUUGCUUGUCCAUCUUAUGUAGAGAUGUAACUAAACAUAAGCAAAUCCACCUAUAUUGUUAUGUUUACAGCUUGCUGACACAAAGUUUAGUAUUCAGUGACAGAUAUUCAGCAUGCAUCUGCCUUCAUUUGUCCAACAUAAAAGCAGCCAAAGAGAUCCCGCAGUUUUUUUUAUUAUUAUUAUUAUUUGCAAAAUUGAUGUAAAAGAUACUGAAAGCAGGGUAGCUAUCUAUCAAAAUAAAAUGUAUAUUUAACAGCACUGAAUAUACACAAGCAGGUCAGCGUUAUCAUUGAUCAGCUGCCAGUACCAGAACUGAUAAAACUCAUGCAUAAGCACACAUAUGCUAAAAAGAUUGUAUGGAGGACAAACAUCAGGAUUCAUUAAUACAUUUGGUUUUCAUGGUGACAGCAUCCUCAAGAGCUGGCUAUAGCUAAGCAGCAAUUUGUUAAUUGAGGUGUUGAAGGUCUCUCUCUACGUGUAACAUACACUUGCACAACAGAUGGUUGCAUGUUAGCAGAGCUGCUCCUCACUGCAUUUCCAUGGGUACUGUGUACAUUAUGAUGUAAGGACGUUUAACCUUAUAUUUAUGCUUAACAUUUACUGGGGACUUAGUUUUACUUUCUUGAAUGUUACCUGCUAAACUGGAAAACACUAAAUCUCUAUUGCCCCUUUACACUUGCCACUUUUUAAACAACAGACAGAUUCUUAUUACAAGAAUUAUUUUACCCUUUAUAUAGAAUAUAUAUUAUAUUCCCCUGUAAUUACAAUGAAUGAUUGAGAAUUUAAUUCUAUAUUAAGUUUUGCUUUAUAUCCAGAUGUUAACAUCCAUUCAACUUAUCUUAAGAUAAUUUUUCUAUAUUUUGUGUCACAGCUUUCUAAAACAUUAACAAGACGAGCAAAGACGCAACUCCAGCAUCAGCUAAAUUUGUGGUUUAAAGAAACUGAAAACCUGUCUCAGUCAUUUCCUAGCACAAAUAUGUUAGCAGAAGAUGUGAGGAGUAAAACAGGUCACUGCACUAUGAUAUAUGUAGCUACUGAGUAAAAUUUGAUAUCACAAGUAAACAGAAAGUGAUUGACAUACAUUUCAAUGUGGUUGUUAGGAGUCUAAUCACAAAUUCUGAUUUCAUUUCCUGUUUAAUCGCAGAGUUGGACCAUUUCAUAUUGCCUUCCCAUAGUGAGAGGAGCUGAGGUGUGAAAGGAAUAUCAAUGACUGUGAGAAGCAGGGUGGACUGUGUGCGUGUGUGUGUGUAACUGCUGUAAAGCUGGGGCAUUAGAGCAGUGUGGCUGCCGCUUAAUAGAAAAGAAUGAACUGCUUCCAAAAUGAAUGUAUGCAUGUUGGGGAAAUCCUACAUUUGUUGUUUCCAUAUUCUGUCUGCAGUUUGGCCUCUAAUACAUUACUAUUAGCAGUAAUACAGGUUGCAAUACAAACAGAGCUCUGAGAUCGGAUGUGAAAGUAGGAUUACACUUGGCAAAGAUUUAUUCAUAGUUGAGAGAGGGAGGGAGUAACAUCUGAAGUACUAUCAGAAGCUGCAUUCCGCAGAAAGAAAGACAAUGUUAAAUAUUUUGAAAUAUAAAUGCAGGUAUCGUCCACAUAGAGGAGUUCCAAAGUGAGACAUCUACAGGUACUAAACAUCCUAGUGAUAUUUCUUUGGUUAUACUCCUACUUUUAGUUUUACAAUGCACAUUGCAUGUAUAUUUCUCAAUUUCCCAUCAAUUUCCCAUGACAGGUUUAUUUCCCCAAGGAAAAAAACAAGAUGAACUUGCAGUUUAGUUCCUUUUUAAGUUGAACGUUAGUACCAGACUAUACUUCUGUUUCAUUUUUGCUUUUUGUCUUAUAAAAAGAGUCAAGGCUAAAAAAAAGCCAAGCAUCUCAAGAUACUUUCCCUUGCUACACCUUAAUGUCCUUGGAGAUGUCAUUAUAUUUACUUAAGUUGAGAAGAAGCACAUCAGUCAGACAUUUAAGAAAGGGAAUAUUUAAUUCCUCAACACUAAGACAAAGGGCAUUCAGCUCGCACGACCCCUCACGAAGCAUCACGUGAGCUUCUGUCCCAUCAAUAAGGUUUUCUAUAUUAUGGUAGUCAGGGACCACUUUUGUCUUUUAACUAUGAUGACAAUCAAUAUUUCAUGAAUAGGCAGCCAGCACUCUGGAGAACUGAGAUUUAUUGCAGGCAAAUAUGAAAGAAACACAAGUAUUAAAAUCCUGACACGAGUAUGUUAUUACGCUUUUAGAAAAGAAAGAAUAUCAAGCAUGGUGUUUUCAUUUGAUACUUAGACUGUGAUACUGUGACACCACCAUAAUACAAA